GCGGGGUGCGGGCCGGCUCGGGCGCGGAGGAUGAAGUGGAGCGUCCGCGGGGCCUGCGCCGCGCUCUCCUCCUGCCUCCUGCUCGCCUGCGCGCUCAGCGCCGCCGCCGUCGGCCUCAAGUGCUUCUCGCUGGGCUCGGAGCUGCGCGGGGAGCCGUUCCGGCUGGGGGCGGCCGCCGGCGCCUUCUACUCGGGGCUGCUGCUGGCCGCCGGCCUCUCGCUGCUCGGCGCCGCCCUGCUCUGCUGCGGGCCCCGGGACGCGCCCCUCGCCGGGCCGGGGCCGGGCCCGGGGCUUGGGGUCCCUGCGGCCCAGGCCGGGGCUCCAGAGGCUGCGCCGGGAGAGCCGGGGGCCGCAGCCGGGCCCUCAGGGCCAGUGAACAGCCAGAACCUGCUCCUGCUCGGCGUUCUCGUCUUCAUGCUCGGGGUCCUCAGCGCCUUCGCGGGCGCCGUGAUCGACGGCGACACCGUGUCCCUAGUAGAACGCAAGUACUCCCACUACUGUCUGCCUCCCCGCGCGCCGGCCGCGGCCCCCGGCUCUGCCCCUGGUCCCGCGGCCGCCGCCCCCGGCCCGGCCCCCGGCGCGCCGCGCGCCCGCAGCACCCUGGACAGCGCCACGUCCGCCAAGUGCCGCCAGCUGAAGGACUACCAGCGUGGCCUGGUGCUUUCCACCGUCUUCAACUCGCUCGAGUGCCUCCUGGGCCUGCUCAGCCUCCUGCUGGUCAAGAACUACAGGUCUUCGCAGGCUCGGCGCGGCCGGCGCGGCCGGCGGAGGGGAGGCCGGGCCCUGGCGCGGCCCCGCGGCGGCCCCGGGCUCCGCGCGCAGCCGCCGGCCUCCCGGGCGCGGCGGGGCCGGCGGGGCCGGCGGGGGCGGCGGCUGCAGCCGCGGCCGAGCGAGGCUUCCAUCCUGUCCCCGGAGGAGUCGGACUUCGCAGCCCCGGGGGACUGCGCGGGCUUCGCGGCGCACCACGCAGUCUCCUACAUCAACGUGGGCGUCUUCCACGCGUUCGACGAGGCGGGUGUGGAGGUGUGCUGCGGGGGGCACCCGUCGGUGGAGCUGCCAGGGUACGCGCCCUCGGACCCCGACCUCAACGCCUCCUACCCCUACUGCUGCCGGCCGCCCUGCGAGGCGGGGCGCCCGUGGGAGCCAAGCCGGGCCUGCUGAGUCCCCGGGCCCACCCCAGACGGACCGCGCUCGAGCCCGCGCGCGCCUCCCCGCCAGGCCACCGCAGCGAGGGAGGACCUGGGCUGGCGUGGCGUUGCACCUUCAGGGGCGGACUGGCCUCGCGUCGCCGAGGGCUCCUCGCCGCGAGACUGGUCCUUCACUAUUAUCAUUUCUGUGUCUGGGAGGUUCCUCUUCUUUUCUGUGUCUGUUCGUAUCCGGAUUCCAUUUUAAAGUUUACAAUAAAUGUUUUGGGGUUGCCUCGCCCCCAUCGCCCUUCUCUUUGGCAAGUCCGGUCCAGGGUGAGAGAGUUCAGAGAGCGAGGGUGAUUUCGCGGGAGGAACCCUCGCUGAGAGGACAGAAAGACAGAGCAGCUGGUACUUUAGGGUUGGCAGAAGUGAAAAAGCACCCAACAGCAACACUUUGUACACGGAUGUGCCUGCUUUUGUUGAUACUUUCUUACUGUAAAGCUCUCCAUAAACAGUGAAAAUGUUUGGUAAAUUUAUUGCAAUUUAAAAUUGGUUAGUUCCUUUGUUAAAUUAAUUGCUAUGUUAUUGGAGAUAUUCAUCAAAUUGGAGUUAGGGGGUGUCGGCACACAAAUCAGUUUGGGGCAAACGGUAGAAGUUGGUCAAAUGUUGAAUUUGAACAGUUGUAUUCUGCUAGGUGGUUGACUCCACCCAACCUCUUCCUAAAGCUAACUUUCAGACAUUUCUUUUUUUGGAAACCGGCAGUGGGGUUUCUACUGCAAAGCUGAGCUUAUUUUUCGUUAAUAUAUAUGAACAAUCCAAUCUUAUUUUGGAAAAUCACAGUCCUAGUUUUUCUGGCAAAGAUUAUUUUCCUGUUAAUUAAUUCAUUAAUCUGGUAAUUUUGCCUAUUAUAGCAUUUCAUUUAAAAAUACACCCCUUAAAUAGCCUUAAUUGAUGUGAAGGUCAUACUUUUAUAUCCUUAGGAUAUACAUAUGUGUGCAUACUUACACACACGAUAUGAAAUGCAUUCUAGGUGACAGCAAAACAUGUUUCCAUCCAGUCUGGUGGGCUGGCUGGGAGCCAGGCUGGCUCAGAGUCUUGGGGAAAAGGUAAUUCAACUGCAUGUGCUAGAAUUGUGGCGCCAGACAGGAAUGCCGAUAAUUCUUAAGGUGCUUGGAGCAGAGCCCCACCCUGGCCUGAAGAGUGUGUGUCUCCUGCAAAGGGAGGUGUGGACCCACCCAGUGCUCUGCCAGGGGGUGAGCACCACACAAAACACUUUAGGUGAGAAAAGCUAAAUAAAUCGUGUGUAAUAUCUUUAUAGUGUAUAGGGUUCACUUCUAAUUGUGGGAAUGUAGCCAGAUUUAGGGAUGAAGGCGGAGUUUCCAGGUCCAGGCUCUGGGAUGAGACUUCUCCUCAGCUCACAGGUCUCUUGCACAAAACCAGAGUUCUCUAUACCUAGACAACCAAGGCCCCCAUCCCCGCUGGGACCUGGCCGGGCUGCCCAGCUGCUGCGGAGGCUACUGGAGAGAGGAGGUCCCACAUCCAUGCAGAGGAGUGGAGACCUGUCACCCAUCAGCACUUGAUCCAUGGAGGUGGCAAACCCAUCACGCUGAUGCUCGGGCAAUUCCUGUGUAACAUGGGGGUCUGAUCAGAGGCAACAGGCCAGUGUUUCCUCUUUGUUAUGUUGAUGCCCCCUGAGGAAAGAGGAUGAUUCACAGUCAAUUUAGUAGGUUCUCAUCCACAGUUCUAUUCAGAUAUUGGCCCAUAUUCAGCCUCUGGAUUCAGUCAGGUUGAGUGCAGGGCCCAGCUAGUCCCACUGCUGGUCCUCACAGCCUGGUCCCUCUCCUGCCCCUGCAUCACCAGCCCACUGACCAACAACCUUAUGCCAAAAAUAUGAUACUUGGCAGCAAAAGUGGGUUUUAAGAUACUUUCCCCCAUCUACCUAAGUCAAAUCGAGAAGGAAUUGCCAGGUGUUUCCUGCCUCCUGAGCAGGGAUGCUCCCCACUCCUGGAGCAGAGGUCUCAUAGACAGCUGCCAGGCUGACCCCCCAGAGCUUACACAGCAGAGGUGGCUAGACCAGUGUACCCCGGAUGGGCGGACACAUGGUGGGAAGGCCUGGGCAGGGACCACCCCAACAGAGCAAACAGCACGGACACAAGAUGUCAGACCUCCCAGUAUCCUUCUUGUUUUCUGAAGUGUUCCAUCUUUAAACUAAUUUGUACACCUUAAAAUGUUACCUGCCUUAUGAAUCUUUCAAAUUUGCAAUCAAAACCAGUGACCUCUCUAAAGUUUCAGACAUUUCUUGGGACAGAACAGAAGGCAGAGGGGGUGAGGUGGGUGAGGCCAGCGCAGGAGCCAGCGAGAACAUCGCACCAUCUGUGUGGUCAUCUGGCCAGGGCAGCAGGGAGCAACUGGGGGUGCGCCGGCAGCUGCUUUUCCCCACAGAAGGCGAACUUCUAUGUGACCAAUAGACUAGAUGAGAUUUUUCAAGGUGCGAGUGUUUCUAACUCCACAAAUAUUGUUAACUCCACUUUACAGAGGCUGAUAUAAUGAUGUGGGAUACCAGGGUUUUAUUUUUUAGAGUUUAUUAGAGGAGAUAAAAUCAAGUCUCCCUAAACUUACAUUGUUCCAAAGAUCAGUACUCAGGGAAAUGAGUGGGGAAUUAUGAAGCUACUGAGCUUCCUUUGAAUUAGGACUGACUUCCUUGGGACCACUUCCACGCCUUGAUGGGCACCUGCCUCGCGGCACUCACUUCUCAUGCACGUCCAUUCUACUUCCUGUAAGUUUUAGGUUUUUAAAAUCGAUUCCUUAUGCCCCUUAGAAAAUAAUGCCAGUCCUUGGAACUUUCUUAAAGUGGGUCUUUCUCUGCUUCUCAGAAUAAUAAUGAACUCCUGGCUGGUCUAGUGGUGGCCAGACGGAGUUCAUGAUUAUGACGAAGUACCAGAAUGAAACAAAACACAUUUUAGUUGUUCCAUGGCUUAGUGCUGAGUUUGUAAGUUAUUAUUUUUAACAUGAAGGUUGUUUGUCUUUAAGGGAACACUUUAAGAUAACACAUGAGGUAGUCACCAAAUAAGGCACGUUUACCUAGAUUGAUCAGCAGGCCCUCCCAGGGUCUCAGGUGUCUUUCUUUUGUCCGAAGGGGUGCUCUGCCCUUGGCAACACAAAUCUGAACCAGACAAUUGAAUUUUUGACUGAAAUUCAAUUAAACAAUCAUUUAAUUUUAAAAACCAGUCAGAUAGUGUUUGUGAUGAAGAUCAUGCAGCUGGUGAUUAAAGAUUUUAGUGCUGGCACAGUACAGGCAGAGACCUUGAACAUGUGCACACACACAAGUGCACACAAACACAAAUGCAUGUGUAUGCCCAUGUAUGAAUAUGUGCACACAUAUAUUACAUGUGUGCACAUGGACACACACACACGUGUGCACACGCAUGCACAGACAUGCAUGCAGACACACACGGCCUCAUGAGAAGUGUCUGAGGGCCAGACCAGCAGCCCUGCCCAUGGCUUCCAGGGCUCCAGGUAGAACCUGUCCGAGUUGGAGAGGCCGGGCUGCAGACUGGCACAUCCCCUUGCAGUGUUGUAGGAUUUGCACAUGGGGAGCAUGCCUUGGAGGGUACCUGGUGGGUGCUGAGCUGCAUGGAAUCCAAUGAGAAUCCACAGCACAGCCAGCCACAAGUGAGCUGCCCUGAUGUCGGUGCCAGUGGGGUGGGGAAGGCUGAGCUCCUAGGUGCUUAGGUGGGUCUGUGUUGCAUAGACACCUGCCAUGGCUUGUCGGUGCUGACCUCUUUGUGUCACCUUCAGCUCAACUCCCCUUCUGAGCGAGGGCUGCCUGCAUGCCAUGCCGUCCUGGGGUGCCCUCAAGGUUAUUAUUGCCCCAAAGCACUGCUUUCCCAUCAAGAAAGAAAAUUAAUAAAUGACAGAAACCUUAGGAAAAGUGAAUUCUGGCAUAUAGUUAUGUAUAAAUUUUACAUACCUAUGUACCUAUUUCUUACAUGAGACAGAGCAGCAGUCUAAUGCCAACUGGUUGACUUUCCAAGUCAUCCAGUAUCUGCUUGAUUUACCACUCUUUAACACAGUGACUGACAGGAACAAAACACCAACAAAAUGGAAAAAAAAAUGAACUUAGAAAAAGAGUAUUCAUGAAUCAUUGUGUCCCCAAUCUGAAUUCUCUAAGGACUUCCUGGGGUGACAGGAGAAAACCUGGUAGUUCCCAGAGCUGUGUUUAUAACAGUUGUCUUAAAAUCUCCAUGUUUAGAGGGGACUCUAUUUAUACAUGGGAGUUUCAUCUAGAGAAGCCCGGAUCUCUGUUUUGCCUUUUUAUCUGCCAUUUAUCAACAGAAUGUCAAUAAAAUGUCUUGUCACUUUGGGAUCAAUAAAAUCUGUGUUAAAGCACAACACA